CUUGGUUUCCUCUUACGCCUGGCCCUCUGCCCAUAUCCCGUUCCCAGCUUCCUAUCUCACGUUCUCGAAUCAAACCUACACUUGGGAACCGAGAGCCUUACAGUUAUAUGGUACUCCAAAACAAGCUUGAUUCAAAUGAGGGAUCCACUCGGAAGCAUAAAAAAUGGAAAUUGUACCCCAAAAUAAACGGGGUCGGCAUAGCAUGACAACAACAGAAACUGCCUCUUCAACACAGAUUCUGCUUCUUCAACCCGACUCUCAUCUCCAGCGAAUCGACGUAUUUCAGAACCAGGAUGUUUCGAGGGCGACAUAGACACAUUUGUGGGUUGGGCAUACUGGUUGCCCUUAUUUAUGGAACAGUACUCGUCAUGCAAGAUUCACAACUACUAGCGAAGGUCCUCUCUGCUCGAAACUCCCUGCAAGAUCCUGCUCAAGAACCCGUGUUGAUGGGUCAACCAGAGCUCUCCGAAAUCGUUGCUCCUCAUCUUCCUUAUGAACGUCCUGAAAGCCCAAAAGAAGCAGCGACAGAUUCAGAUUCUUCGAAAGCGCAAGUGCAUCGACCCAUCGGCGAAGGAACCGCAAACGCUACUUUCGUCAUCCUAGCGCGUAACUCGGAUUUGGAAGGAGUUCUGUCGAGCAUGGAACAGGUGGAGAGGCGGUUCAACAAACGAUUCGGCUACCCAUGGGUUUUCCUCAAUGAGGUGGAGUUCGAGGAGGAAUUCAAACGACGUGUUACAGAAGCGACAAAAGCGCCCGUUUCAUUUGGUCUUAUUCCGUAUGACCACUGGUUUCAACCGGAUUGGAUAGAUGAGAACAAGGCGAGAGCAGGAAGGGAGAAGAUGCAGGCAUUGGGGAUCAUAUACGCAGAUAGCGUGCCGUACCGAAACAUGUGUCGGUUCAACUCUGGGUUUUUCUUCCAUCAUCCUCUUCUUCAACCAUACAAGUAUUACUGGCGUGUCGAACCCGGAAUCUCAUAUACUUGCGACAUCCAGUACGAUCCAUUCGAUUAUAUGAGAGAUCACAACAAGCUCUACGGCUUUACGAUUACCUUCACGGAAUGGGAAGCUACGAUACCUACUCUAUGGAAAACCGUUAAAGAAUUUAUCACGCUCCACCCAGAAUACCUUGCCGAAAACCACGCAAUGAAAUAUCUUAGCGAUAACGGCGGGGAGUUGUACAACCUCUGUCAUUUCUGGAGUAAUUUUGAGAUAGCCGAUAUGGACUUUUGGCGUGGAGAAGCGUAUCAAAAGUUUUUCGAUUUCUUGGAAUCGAAAGGUGGUUUCUAUUACGAGAGAUGGGGAGAUGCCCCCGUUCACUCCAUUGCCGUAGCCCUCUUCGCCUCCCGUGACCAGCUACACUUUUUCGAUGAUAUUGGGUAUAACCAUCCCCCGUUCGAACAUUGCCCUUCGGGAGAGAUGCGGGCAGGAAGGAAUUGUGAUUGUUCGGCGCCGAAUUCGAUUGAUGAUCGCCCGCAAUCAUGUUUGUCUCGAUACAAAAACUUGUGGUAGUCAUUUGAAUUCGUGUACCUCUCAUGUCGCCAUCAAUUCAUGAGUGCCGGGAUGGCCGGCAGUCGAUAUUUAUGUAGAUCUAUAUUGUAUCUAUCUCUAGUUAUUUAUGUUUCGCAAGGUGUAUAUUGCGUCAUCUUUACGAGAUUC